AUGAAAGGAUCUAUUAAAUUUAAUAUCAUAGGAUUAGUUAUAGUGCUAUCUUUACUUAUAUAGGGUAUAGAAUGCGCAAUCAACACAAGCCCUCAUAGAAAAGUUACUUUACUCACUUAUUAUAGUGAUUUCAUUGAUUCUAUAAUGGGAUUAAUUGAAGAUAUUGCUUUAGAUUUCAUAGUUCCUGCAUAUCAAUAUAUAAAAUCUCAUACAGUUUUAAAUUACAUGUUUUUUACUCUUCUCAUUAUGCUAUGCGUGUUCAAUAUCUUAAGUAAUUUUAACCACAUUUUUAAAAGCAAUAAGAAAGUAAAGUUCGUAGCUAAUUAGGAUAUCCCUAAAGAUUCAAAGUAGCUUUAGAAACAAAUAAGAUCUUUAAGAGAGGCAGUUAGUUAUCUUAAAUAGCAAGCAUUAAAGCACUAGUCUGGAGAAAUUCCUGUCUAAUAAAUGGCUGGGCAAAAUAACUAAUUUUAACAUUAGCAAGCCACCACCUAAAACGUUUAAGUGUAAUUAGACCCUCAAGUAGAAUAGAGAAUAAUUAAGAACUAAUAAAAUAUUGAUUCAUUAAAAUUGAAUCUAAUGAAGAUUGUUGAAAUUUAGUAGGAUCUAUAAAAAUCAAUCGUAGAAUCUUAACGUGAAGUAGCUUAAGAUAUUCAAGCUGUUAGAACUAACAAGCCUGUAAAGAAAAUAGCUAGUGGUUAGCCUCAUAGUUCUCAACUUGACUCUUCUUAAUAAAAGACAGGUCAUAGUAAUAGCAGAUAGAGUUCUACAUCUUUUUUGGAGGAGUCAAACGAAAAUAAACUUCAUUAAAUGGCAGCUGAAUAAGUUAUAUAGCAGCAAUAGCAACAGCAAGAAAAGUAGGCUAUUUUAUAAUAAUAGCAACUGUUAAAUUAGCAAAGAUAGAUGCAAUAAAAUUAAUAGAAAAUUUACACAGAACAAGCCUAAUAACAAUAAUAAUAAUAAGAAGAAAGAGAAAAACCAGUAUAAUAAUAAUUAUAGUAAAAUUAAGACUUAAAGACUUUAAACCCUCCUCUUGCAAACUAAUCAGAAAUUACUAAUUAAAAUUAAUUACCUCCAACUACUACAGUACCUUAAGUUGAAAAUGCUAAUGAAGUAUAAGAUUAGCAUCCUCAUGUUAAUGAUCCUUUUGCAGCUCAAUCUGCUUUCAGUAGACCUCCACCUCAAAGGCCAACUCCUUUUGGUGGAAGAUAGCCUCCAAGUUUAAUGAAUAAAAAGCAGCCUGUGAGAAAUAUGCCUGCAAGUAAUGCACCAGUUGUUUUACCACCAAAGUGA